UAAUUAAUUCGCCGCGAGUUUAACGCCAUACCGCGAUUGAACGGGUGGAUACAAAAUGUAGGAUUGACGUAUUGUGAACUCACGUUAAGUUUCCAUUCGCUAAACAAAGAUCUAACAUCAACAAUCUAUUGAAAAUUGGAUCAACAAAGACUAUAAAUAAUUUUCGUGUUACAAAAAACAGCUGAUCACAACAAUAACAACGCGCUUUUGAUUUUCUAAUAAACAAGUGAUAAUUUAAGUUUUUAUAAAACUUAAAAAUGAGUAAAGAAUCAGUGAGAAAUCAAGUGAUAACCCACGAAUUUUUGUUAACCCUUGAAGACAAUUAUCACGAAUGGCUAAAGUCAAGUUAUGUAAAAUUGAUAGACGUGGAUUCUUGUGGAGAGUUUUACAUUUCAGUAAGACUGAACAAAUUGAGUAGUUUGGACGUAAAAGUAUCAAAGACUAUUGAAAAAUCAGCGAUGGCAAUUAUUGAGUUGCGAACAAACGGAAUGAAUUGGCACGUGAAAGAUGUACCUGACUGGAAGGAUUCCUGUAACUUUGACGUUGAUUUUCCUUACUACUAUCUUCAAUACUCAAACAAUGAUUCUGAUGACAGCUUCAAAUUUUACCUGAGUAUCAAGUGCAAGAUCACGUGGUUUGGUUUCAAAGAUGAGCUGGUGUUUUCAAACUUGUACCAGAACAUGAAGCAGUUUCUUCUCAGCAUCGAGUGCAGUGACGUUAUUAUUAUAGUAAAAAAUCGGGAAUUUCCAACUCACAAGAAUAUUUUGGCAUCUCAGAGCCCGGUGCUGAAGUCAAUGCUUACAACUACUGACACUAAGUACAAAAAAAAGCUUGUUCGGUUAAGAAAAAUUGAAAUUGACGUUGCUGAGGAGUUAUUUCUGUUUUUGUACACUGGGAAAGUCAACAAAGUUAAUCAUGAUUAUGAUCUAGCUGUUAAACUUCUUGUAGUCGCGAAAAAUUAUCAAAUAAUUCAGCUGAUUAAUUUGUGCGGAUUAAUACUCAGUAACAAUAUUACAAAAGAAAAUGCGCUACAAUUAUUGAAAUUAUCUGAAGGACAGAAAACAGACAAUGUGUUCAUCUUGCAGGAAAGAGCGACUGCGUUUAUUUGGAAUAACCGCAAGGAAGUUCUCACACUGGCUAAUUUCAAAGAUCCUUCCAAGUUUUCGCCUGAGUCUUUGUUUAAGAUCAUCGAAAAAAUACCUGAUUAAUAAGUAAAAUUAUAUUAAGAUAAAAAAUUAUUGUUAG